CAAUUGUGUCGUAACAGUUAUAGAAUAUUACUUCAAUAUCUGUCAAGUGACCCUACAUUUAGAAAUCCCCUGUAAGUUUAUUUUAAGCACUGCACACAUGUCGGUAGCUGUUAGUAGAUUAAACAAGGGUAUGGAAUCAAUGAAGAAACGCAUCACUUUCUGAAGAACCGUUGCCUUAUGUUUAAAGCCAGAAAACUCUUCAACCUGAAUGAAUUCUCUUCUGAUUUGCCUACAAAAGCCUGUCAAAUACAGUUUACAUUUUUAAUCUACAAUUUCUACUUUUAUGUAGUUUAAAUAAUAAAAAACUGCCCUUGCAUGUAUUUUUAAUAUCGAAGACAAGAACAUAGUUUUACAGAUUAUCUGAUUUUCAUGCUAUAUUAAUAUUUAGAGCUAGAAUGUCUAUUUUAUGGGGGGGCUGUAAAUAGCUUUGUAACAUUUAAUAAUUGAAAGGUCUAAAAAGCUAUACAACUCUACUGUAUGACUGGGAUGAGUACCUAAUACAGCACAGAAAACAAGCCUACAGUACAGAUAAUUGAUGCUUAGGUUAACAGAAAAUACAGUACUUGCAAUUAUCGAUUUAUUUUCACGGGUUGUUUAUUUUGUUUACUUCGUUAAAGGUUAGCUAUGCCAUAAUUCAAAUUGGAUACCACAAUCUGCCAAAAUGAAAUGGCAUUGUUAUGUUUUAGUUCAUGUCUAAUUUCAUUUGAAUGAGAAACUAUUUGUUAUUUGAAAUACUUUGCAUUAAACUUUUAAAUAAAUUAACUUUAACCCACCCAGAGUGAUGUCUCUGGGAUCUCUUGUUGUGUGUUAAUGGUUAGUCUCUUUCUAUUUGCCUGUUUGGUAACAGCGUUGCCACUGCAUGGUUUUUACAGCACGGUUCUCUACCGCCAUCUGGUGGCUGCAUCCUCAAAAUACAAUCGUCUACCUCGUCUGUAUUUUACCGGAUUAGUAAAAUAAUUUAGAUAGUGUCCUUAAACACUGUCCAUGCUUUAGUUUAAAAAAUAAAAAUAAAGAUAAACAUAAAAUAAAAAAGCUAUCAAAAAUGAAGCCGCUGAGCGUUUCAGGUUAGGUUUUGUUUCAAGAAAAUACCUAUUUACAAAGCCUUAAUUACCAAUUAUUUUGUUAGCUGUAUAUUGUUAUUAGAGAGAUGUACUCCUCCACUCCAGGCGGCAUCGCUUCCAGUUUAUCAACAGCAGCCCCGUUCUGGAACACGCUGUGCAGGAACAGGGCUUUCCCAGAGCCGCGCCGAAAACUGCCAUAAACUGCCAUAAAAACAGCACGUAGAAAACGUAACGUUAAUAUUAUCAGACUAAUUAAUAUCAAGAGUACCAGCAAAUUCGAAUCUCAGUGUCUCCGGUUAAUAGUGUCUUUUUUUUGUUUGAUAAAUUUGCGCGUUAGCCUGUAGCGGUAUAUAUAUAUAUAUAAUUAUCAAAUGAAUCUGUAAUUAUUGUGAAGAAUGGGGAUGUGCCUGCCUUGCUUGAGCAGAGCCCCCGAAGACGUGGUACAAACGCCAGAUCCCGAAAUCAGAAGGAAACAAUUGGCAGAAGCAGCUGAAAAAAGACAAAAGGAGGUAACAAAUCGUGGAAUCAAGAACCCAGAGGCGGUGGAGAGGAAGAAAAAGAAACUAGAGGAGAUGGAGAAGCAUGCCCUGACGUCCUCGAAAUCUGGAGAGGGUGGGGGACUCAAGUGGCAGGUUGGUUAAAGAGGUACUGGACAUCGCUGCAGAAAGACAUGUGCUUUGAGUAUUGCCAGCGUAGGUGUGGUUGACAGAGUGGCUCCUUCUCUACUGUGUCGCUUAUUGGUAUUGAGUGCAUAGAGACUCGGUAUCGUGCCAUUCUCAGUGCCAUGUCUCAGGAUUGUCCACCCCACGUGCUUCAUAGGAAAGUAGGACAUGCCAAGAAAGACGCCAGCUUGCAAUCGCCAGACCUCCCUGACUGUACCUUCAAAGACAUUUUCUGCAACCUGCGUUCUUCAACCUUAAAGAAAAUGAUUGCUUGUAAGUUCUCAUAACUAAGGCCAGUGUUUACUGAUAUAGAACUAGUGUCUCAGUUAACUUAUUAUUUGGUUCAGUUUGCUGGUUUCCUUGCUUUUACAUUUAAAACUUUCACACUUUCUUUUUUUCAAUUCCAUGCAGCCAUGCAGCCGAGUCUUAACGUUUCAGAAGUCAGCUUCGACAGGCUCAUGUUACUGGUUUUGAAUCCAAGGUAGUUUACACACUAGUAACCCUGGCGUUCAUAGUGUGUAAUUAAGUGUAAUAUUGCUGCCAUAGUUCACAGGAUGACUGAAGUAGUACCAAUUCUUUAUUUAUUAUCGGCUCUGAACAGUAUAGAGGUGUAAGAGGGGGGUGACAUUAGAAACAUGAUUUAAAUUCAUGAUUUAAAAAUCAUGAUUUCCUCUUGAAGCAGAUAAAGGCAUGCGUUCCUAUUGAACACUGUGUACUUACAGCCCCAGUGCCUUGAAGGACUGUACGGCAUUAGGAAUGCUUAGUUCAUUGCUUUGGUUUGUUAGAAUAAAUAUUUUAGAAAGAAAAUCCCUGGGUUUGGCCUUUUUUGUUCCCUUCUCGUUGGCUCCAGGAACCAAGAGCGUGGAGAACAAAAGUCUGUUCAUUUCUUCUGUUCACAUUUUAAUAUCUCCACGACACGCCUUCUUUAGCCACAAUGCAAAUGGAAAACAUUAUCUAGCAAACCGUGUACGCACGCAGAAAUAUCACCACUGCUUAACUAAAUAGCUUCCCAAGUUUUAAGCAAAACUGUAUUUGGAAAAUCAACCUAUUAUGGGAUGUUAGCUUUAUCCAAUAUCACGAUUUCUGCCAGAUCAUUAAGAUUAUUGUUACUGGUUCUGUAAUUUAAUUGCAGGUGCUAGUUUUUCCCUUGAUGUGCAAAGUUUGCCACCAGUUUGCAUUCACAACACUAAAUUAGGUUAAAAUCCCUAAACAGUGUUAGCUGAGUUGCAAAGCACUACUGUAGGAAUUCUCUCAGCUGCCAGAAGAGGGCAGUAUUCCAUCCCAAUAUUUAACCAUGUUACUAAAGCAAGAUUAACCCAAUAGGUUUAAUGAGUCUUAAUCUUUUAACUGCAUUCAGACAUGUUAACAUCGACUGCUUGCAGCAUGAGAAAUACUGGAAACAAAGGAACUGAGGAUAGUUAGACAAAGUAAUGACCUAUUUGAAUCAUCAGAUUAAGGUCUAUAGAAGGUUACAGCGCUGGAGACAUUUUUUAUGCAUUGCCUUAGAAGCAUUUCUGUUUCUGUUUAAUUUGCUGUUUAAUUAUAUUCUCCACAUUACCGGAUUCAAGAAAGUGAUAUACCUUUCCGAGUCCACUAUAGUGCAUUCAAACAAGACCCUUUUAAAAUGUGUGUUUAAAAGUCUGGCACAGGUUUAGCGUUUCUCUUUUAAAACACUUAGUAAUGAUGGGAUGCAAUGCACUUCUUGGUGGCUCUUAGGAACAGGAAUUCCUGUUUCCAAAUGCAUGUAAACUAAGACAUGCACCACUAGAUGGCACUAGGGGACUAUAUAGUUUAGCUUCAGAAAUAAAUACAGCUAUUAAACACUACCCAACAGCAAAAUUUGCAUUGGUUUUUCUAUAUAAUGUACACAAGAUAUAGAUUGUUGUACAGAAAAUACAGAUUUCUUUCCUCUUGCUGAAAGUAAAGACAAAAGACAUCCCUGUUUAGGCAGCAUGUACCUUCCUUGUCUGUGUUGUGAGGCCCAGCUUGUCCUGAGAAGUGAAAGCUGCUGGUUGUGGAGGUGAUGUUCUGGCAAGGAUGAGUCAUUCGGUCUUGAGGAGACAGAUUUAUUCACAGCUGAAGCCUGCCGCCCCCGUCCUGCUCUCCGCAGUGUACAGCACUGCCAGUUCCUAAUUAGGAGCCCCGUGCUCCCCCUGAGCAGCACUCUUCACACCUGCUGAGCUCUGGACGACCCACACCGGCGUGAAAAAUGAAUCACCGUGAAGAACAAUUACACCCCUGACACCCAGACCCUUGCAACACAUGUCAGAGUACAAGAUAAGUAAGAGAUACCUUGUAUGACUUGCUCAACUUUCCAGUAACAGCAGUAUUAGCUUACCAUCGUCUGCGUGGAAAACUAAAGCCAACUGUUCAUGUGUUAAUAUCCAAGGGACAUGUAAAUAAAAUUAGAGAAUGCACUGAGUGCUUGUGUAGAAUUACUAUACGACUCCCAUGUACUGCGAUGUAAAGCUUUGCAUCACCUUCUGUAUAGAAUAAACACAUUUUCCUUCAUCAAGUCAAAUGAAACCUGCUGAAUAAU